GGCGUGGCUCGUGCGCGGUGGCGAUACUAUGGAGGAAAAAAAUGAAAUGUCAGCAGAUAGCCUGAGUCAUUUGACUGAAGAAAAACUGGAUAUUUGCAUGAGCAAUGACUUUCCUCUUCUGACUGAUGAAAAGUUUGAUUUUGACCUUUCACUCUCUUCAACAAGUGGAAAUGAAGAUGAAGUUUUUGUUGGACCUAUGGGACACAAAGAAAGAUGUAUUGCUGCCAGUAUUGAAGCAAAAAAGUGUGUGUCUGCUUGUGAUGAUAAACUCAUGUGGAGCCCACUUCAAGGAGAGAAAUUCGUGGAAAUUUUCAAAGAAGCUCAUUUGUUGGCACUGCAAAUAGAGACUGGAAUCAAGAACAAGGAGACCAAAAUAAGCCAAUCAGAAGAACAGGAAAACAAGAUUGUAGAAAGAUUUGUAGAGGACUCAAACUCAAAGCUGAAGAUACUGAGGAACAAAAAUAUAGAAAUUAGUCCCAGGGCUGUUAAACGGGAGACAUUCUGUGUGCAGGAUAGUCCAGCAUGUCAGCUGCCCCCUUGUUUUCAGAAGGCAUCACAGACACUUGUAUCAGAUGGCAACGUACAUGCUCUUCCUGCUUCUCCUAAAAGAAGCCUUGUUCAAAUUUGUGUGUCUCCUAUGGAAAAUACCAGUUUGCCCCUGACAGAGGAACAGAAAACUAAGGAAACAAGUACAAAGGCUGUAGGCAAACUGCCAGUGGCAAAACCGUCAUCUGCUUUUGGAAAAAUCAAUUUGUUGACAAUUGACAAGCUCAAACGAGGAAAAAAUACUAGUAUUUCUACAAAAGGAGACUUGAACAGCAUGGGAUCAUCUGAAGAAGUAAUUUCUGAUAAAUCUAAUAUUGCUUUAGAUGCCGUUCCAUCUUCUUUCAGUAGCAGUUCCUCAGUGCAAGACACAAAAGUCCUUCCUGCACCAAGUAAGCCUGGCUUAAAUAAGAUGAUAUAUCUGAAACGUCCUGGUGUUGCCAGUGGUCUCCCAAGAAAGACUACUUCAUCAUCAUCAUCUUCAUCAUCAUCAGUUUCCAGCAUGAACUCAAGUCUUAAUUCAAGUUUACCCAUUUCUCCUAUAGGUAUAAAAGGAAAAUCAAGCAUGUCAUCAAAAGCUAGUGUGAGUGGCUCUAAGCUUCCAUCUAGUACAAGCAGGUUGGCCCUUGUCAGACCUACCACAGUGUCAUCUCUGCAGGCUGCCAAUACUGGGAAAUCCAGGAAACAAGUGAGAUCAGCUAGUACUCCCAAAAUAUCUAGUGCUAUAUGCCUGGCUAAAUCUUCAGCUUCUGCAACAUCAUCUGAGACUGCAGGCAGUGGAACUUGGAGACCAAGCUCUGUUUCCAGUCUGCAGCAGCUAUGUCAGCAGAAUCGAGAUGGGAGCUCAGCAAAAGGAAGCCUGUGUCCAAAGCCCAAGGCUAGAGUUUUGUCUGUUUCCACAAGUCAAACUAAGGCUCCUGUGAAGAUUCAAGAUGCAACACCAAAUAAAUCGGCACCAAAAGCAACACCUUCUCUUGGAUUAACAUUUUGUGGCACACCUGGAAGUGCCAUGGCAGUCAGCACUCCUAUGAAAGCCUCAGAAAAUAAGGUCUUCCAGAGUUUUUGUUUUCCUGAGAAGUCUGCUGCCAUGACUCCUGCCAGUGUGAAACGGUCUGGCCUACCUACACCUGUCCGUCGGAUCUCGGGGCUCCCAGCAGUAACUCCUAAAACUCUACCAAGAAUGGCAUUUUCUCCACAUGCUGCAUCUCUUCGGCAAAGCUUCAGCUUUUCUACCAAAAAGACUUUUACAGCUGGUUCUAAACAGAAACAAGAGAAUAAGACACGGAUGUCUUCAGAAGAUGAUACCUCUCCACCUGUGCAACCUCUUGUACUUAGCUUCUCGCCAGAGAAAACUGCUACAGAAGGAGUAGAAAAUGCAUUAAAAGAGGUGGAAGUACCAAACGAGCUGUCUGAAGUACAAAAUCAGCUGGCUGAAGAGAAACAACCUGAGGCUUUACUGCUAGAUAUUGGAGAAGACAAAUCUCUCCCACACACUUCUGAAUGUGGAAGUAGACCUUUGAUUGACCUUUCCAAUACUCCUGAAGUGAGUAAGAUUACUUCUCCAAAGCCUGUGUUAUCUGGGCAGAUAAAGCUAAUUGAUUUGAGUUCUCCUCUUAUCACUCUGAGCCCUGAUGUAAACAAAGAAAAUCUGGAUUCCCCUCUACUCAAGUUCUGAAUUUGAACUGAAAUGAAGAAUUCUUAGCAACUGUGAUCUUUGAAGUGUUUUUGGUGUUAUUCCUCACUCAUAAUUUUUUGAAGAUGGCUGUAGAUUGUCUGGACCUGCAUUAACAAAACAGAAUUCUAACAGUCUUGAUACAGUCAGAGAGUGAUAAUGAUUUUGUUCAUGGAUGUGCUGCAACGGAUGUAUUUAAACUAUGUUGCACUAAGGCAAAAAAUUUGGAAUUCCAGUUCAUGAAUUGGAAACCUGCCUCCUUACUUUCUACCGAUUGUGAUUUGAUUCCUUUCCUUUUAUGUACAACGAAGUUUUAUUUUAAAAUAAAUGAGUUGUUUGCUAAACCUAUA